ACAUAACGGGAAAUAGUCCCUCUUCCGAUUAUUCGCGUAUCUCGGUCGUUGAUAAAUUUUUUCCCGGGGCAGGAAGAACUCGCUUUACAGUUUUAUAUGUAAAAUGCAAUAAAAUAAAAAUAAAUAUCGCAGAAGAUAUAAAUAAAAAUAACACAAAUUUUACAGAUCCAACAAAUUGAAACUGGGAAUUUAAAAUGACCGAAAAUUAACAGGAUGUUAAGAAAUUCAGGCCGAUCGCCUCGUAUGUGAUAUACGUAAUUUUGUUCUUAAUAAUAAGAACAUUGCACAAAUGUGCCCUCUCCUCGGCGAAUCUUCCUCUCUAGAUCCACCACCGGAUUCACCGUGUUCCCUGUCUCCUCGAGAGGUAUACGGUCAGGCACGAUCGUCAGGUGCGUCGUCGAUUCGCCGCUCCCACCAUCACCUCGACUCGGCUCGACUCGGCUCGGCGUUUAUCCCCCUCGAAGUGGCCCGUUCCUUCCUCUUCUCCUUUUUCGCUGUAUUUUUCCUCUUCGCGUGGCCAGAACGCCACGCGAUAACUCGACGUGCGGAGGGAAAGUUCUCUUUCUCUCUUUUUUUCCCUCUUUCUUGGUAGUGUCCCGGACCAGUUGUGCGGGCAACAAGAUCGGUGCGAUUCGGUUGCGGAGUGCCGGGUUGCAAGGUGAACAAGUCGCCGCGCGCGGUGCAUCGUGUAAAACGUGCGUCCUGUCUUCGCCAGUGGCGAUUCUGCGAUCGAGAGUGGCCGUCCCCGACAUAUUAUGCGUGAAGUGCCGCUCGCGGAUUAAGAUACCUCUUGUGCGCGUCAGCGUCACCCACUGAUCGCGGUCGCCAUCACGUUGUGAUUGUUGCGGUUUGAUGCAGAUGUUCAAGGACCAGCUGAGAGACGCAGCUCGUGCCGUGGACGAUAUGCGUAUCUCUGUACGUGCGAUAAGAGCAGUUUCGACAGCGGGGUCAAAAUCGACACGUGCGGUAAAUGAUUAUAGUCGGAACUGCUGUCUUACAGCAGUUUAGUCGCCCUGUGAGUUUCGUUUUAAACAACGAAGAGAGCAGUACCAGACGUAAGAAGAGGAGAGACCCAACGGCGUCCGAGUUCCCUGAAGAGAUCGCGUGCGGAGCGUGAACGCGAAAUUGGUUCUUCCUCGGGCGACGUGCGCGUUUAACGGGAACGUUUCCCGAGCGCGCGGGAAGCGCUCCAGUUUCGCCGUGAGGUCUACAACGCGCGCGCAACUCCACGGCGAAAGGCUCGGUUGUGGCGGCGUUCAGACGAAAAUUCCAGUCGGGCUGCUCGUUUGCUCGCGGGACCGCGCUAGAUUCCCGUGGCGGCAGCGGAACGACCAGCCGGAGUGAGCGGCGAGGUGGACGAGGUGGAGUGCCGCGGUCGCGGCGCGUCGCGUCGGUUGAGGGGAGAUUUCAACGCGCGUCUAACACGCGUCCGGAUUCGCCGGAUAUCGAUUCGCGCAUCUGGAAAUGCCUGCGUUGAAGCUCUUCGGUCGAAAAUGGUUGGCCGCAACCGACGACCUUGUAUAUCCUGGCCUUUUCGAAUUAUUUAUCCGUAUCGUAUGGUUGAUUCUUAUAGGGAUCGCCUGCAUAAGGUACUACGAAAAUACGUGGAAUUGUCAAUUGGGAGGUGAAUUAGUGCGCGUGUACCUUCUCGGGGAGGCGGUCAUGCUUGGUAUCGUCACGCUUUUGAUACUCAUCAUUAUCAGGCAUAGCGCGAGGGGGGCCAUCAUGGACACGCAUGCCCGACGCUACGUUCAACCGCUCCUGACGGUCAAAAUAUUAAUGCUGCUGCCGGAAAUCGGAUGGAACAUUCUUGGCACCCUAUGGAUUUUCGGGCAGAGCGUGAAGUGCAAUCACGACUCGUACUCUGUCACCGUUGUGGAGGCCUUGGUAUUUUUUGAUUGGAUCCUGAUCGGCCUCAGCAUCUUUGGACUCGCCCUGGUGUUCGAUCCGAUCGGUUCCCUUGAAAAGAAACAGCUAGAGAGUUCCGUGGAGCAUGGCAAAGUUUCGCGCAUCUGGCUAAGAAGAUUUAAGUUUCUAUGGUGGAUGCGUAAAGACGAGAGCGCGAGCGAGACUUUUCAACAAGUUGCUGGGCUUUUGACCGCUUUAUUCCGAGGUACGGAUUUGGUUCCCUCAGACGUAAUGGCGGGAUGCAUUUUACUAAGAGUCCGACAAAAGCGAGAAACUCACGAAUUACGAAAGUUAAAUCUAAUAGCACGUCCAAAAUACACUUCAGAUGGCAACAAGAUUUUUUCGGGCACUCCUAACUGGAUGUCCUUGGAAGCUGCCCAUCACUUCCUUCAGCUAUCGAUCGCUUCCUACGGCUGGCUUUUCGUAAUAUAUCAGCACAUGUGUACCGGAUGUUUUCGUUUAAUACGUGGCAUGAGAUGCUGUGCGUGUUUCCGACGAAAACGUAACAUAAUUCUGGACGAUAAUUGUUGCCUUUGUUAUCUUUCUGGCGUGAAAUAUCUCUCGAAGAUGACUGAGGACGAUAUCCUAUUCGCUUCUUUUAAGAAUCAUUUAUGCGAAAUACCAUUCUGCGUAAUGGUAGAUCACAAAACUAGCAGUAUUGUCGUGGUUAUACGAGGCUCAUUAUCUUUAAGAGAUAUAAUUACUGACUUCGCAGCUGCGUCUGAUCUAUUUGAAUGUCCUGGUGUUCCACCAGGAAGCAUGGCUCACAAAGGUAUGAUAAUAGGAGUAAAAGUAAUUUUAAAGCAACUGGAGAAUCAUAAAGUUCUGGAAAGAGCGUUCGCCACAUAUCCCAAUUAUCAUUUGACGAUUACAGGUCAUAGCUUAGGAGCUGGUUUAGCCAUUCUACUGGGUUUACUGAUACGUCCUCGUUAUCCGGAGUUGAGAGUCUACGCGUUCGCUACGCCUGCUGGGUUACUCAGCAGAGAGGCUGCUAAGGUCACGGAAGAAUUCGUAUUGACCAUAGGCCUCGGAGAUGAUCUCGUAAUGAGGCUCAGUGUGGAUAGUAUAGAGAAUUUAAGGACGUCGUUAUUAACAACUCUUCAUGUUUGUCGAUUACCUAAGUACAGAGUGGUCCUGAAUGGAUUUGGAUACGCUUUAUUUGGAGUUCCCGAGAGGGAUCUCACUAAAAUGUGGGCCAAUCAGAAUAUAAUUAAUACAAUUCCGGGUCAUUCGCCUUUGCUAACCAAGCCUGACGACGUGGAUAAUAAAAUAAUAGAACGUGAUAUAACGAAAAGAAGAUAUUCGAGAAUGAAACUGUUUAAUGCUGGUCGUAUACUUCACAUAGCGAGAUGCAAAAUUGAAAAAACGGAUGGAAAGAGCAAGAAGCAACUCGCGAAGGAGAGAAAAUAUGAGAUGCGAUGGGCGCAAGCUGAGGAAUUUACGAAAUUAACGGUGAUGCCACGCAUGCUCCUGGAUCACUUGCCAGAAAACAUAGAGCGGGCUUUAACCACGUUACUGGAGCAACAAGAUGAUAUACCGUAUUAUUUCGAUCCUUAGUGUAAUCCAAAGAAAUUAUUUUAUAAUUUUAAUAAAAAUAAUUUUCGCGCAAAUUAUAAUACAUUUCUCAUAUCCCAUACUAAAAUACAUCUCUUUUUAAAAAUAUAUUUAUUAUUAAUAAAUAAUUUAAUAUAUAUUUUUAA